AUGACAGGUGUCACAAUUGAAUGAUUUUGGGCGUUUUUUACGCUAUUGCUUUAUUAAUUGGACAAUAAUUAAAUUCAAUGCGUGUUUUUGUUUGACAAAAAUCGGUUUAAUAUUUUUUUUAUUAUUAUUAAUACGGUAAAAAUGUGUGAACAGUGGUGCCAACCGGUGUCCUUAACCUCACAUUGACAUGUGCCAAAAGUGAGGUUAUUUGUGUUUUUUAAAUCAGUGAAAAGUGAGCAAUAAUGAUGGAAUCGGGGGGCGAAAUUGCCCAAAGACACGUUUUGUGUCGGUUCAAGUCAGAUUCUGGUGAAAUCGCCGGUGAUAUAAUCGAUUUACCCUUGUCUUGUACUGUGCCCCAAUUGACCGAAAUUUGUAAUGCUCUCCUCCAAAGUACGAACAUUUCGUACAUUUUUUACGCCAAUGACACCGAAAUCACUCACUCGCUUGAAAAAACCUUAAAUUUGUCGGAUUUAAACACCGAAACUGUUAUUGAUAUCCUCUACCAGCAGCAGGCCGUGUUUCGGGUGCGCCCCGUGACAAGAUGUACGAGUUCAAUGCCAGGACAUGCCGAAGCUGUCAUUUCUGUGUGUUUUUCCCCCGAUGGUAGACAACUAGCGAGCGGUUCCGGCGAUACAACAGUCCGAUUUUGGGAUGUGGACACUCAAACACCGUUUCGGACAUGUAAGGGGCACACGAAUUGGGUUUUGUGCAUUGCAUGGGCCCCAAAUGGCUCUAAACUAGCCUCGGCGUGUAAAGACGGCAAAGUUGUGAUAUGGAAUCCUGAAAAUGGGGCCCAAAUUGGGAAAACUCUAAUCGGGCAUAAAUCAUGGAUUACGGCCCUGAGUUGGGAGCCCUACCACCAAAACCCCGACUGUCGUUUUCUCGCCUCAUCGAGUAAAGAUUGUGACGUCAGGAUUUGGGAUACGGUCCUGUGUUUGUGUGUUAGAGUGAUUUCGGGGCAUUUGAAAAGUGUGACUGUGGUGAAAUGGGGGGGUUUAGGGCUUAUUUAUACAGCAUCACAGGACCGGACUGUGAAAGUUUGGAGGGCUAAAGAUGGGGUUUUGUGUCGGAGUUUGGAAGGACAUGCCCAUUGGGUCAAUACUUUAGCACUUAACACGGAUUAUGUGCUUAAAAUGGGGGCUUUUGAUCCGGUUAAAGACACACAAACACAAUCACAGGACUUUGCCCUACGUCGCUACAAUGAAAUCAUCUCUCCGAUUGGUGAUGAAAGACUUGUCUCGGGCUCCGAUGAUUUUACUUUGUUUUUGUGGGCCCCCUCGAAAGACAAGAAGCCGUUAAAUCGACUCACAGGACACCAACAAUUAGUCAAUGAUGUGAAAUUCUCACCUGAUGGUCGGAUUUUUGCCUCGGCUUCUUUUGAUAAAAGUAUUAAAUUGUGGGAGGCGAAAAAUGGUAAAUUUAUUUGUACUCUUCGAGGACAUGUACAAGCUGUUUAUGUGAUUGCAUUUUCGGCCGAUUCGAGACUUUUAGUUAGUGGAAGUGCCGAUUCGACACUCAAAUUGUGGAAUUUGAGGGAACGAAAAUUGGAAAUUGACCUUCCAGGACAUGAGGAUGAGGUUUAUGCAGUGGAUUGGGCCACAGAUGGCUCCAAAGUCGCCUCCGGAGGAAAAGAUAAAGUUCUCAAGUUGUGGCAAAACUGAAUAUCAAAAUUUGACGUUUCUAACUGUCAAAAUUCAAUUUUUGGCAACUGAAUGUCAAAAUUUGACGUUUCUAACUGUCAAAAUUCAAUUUUUGGUUAGGUUUAUGUUGACAAUUGAAUAAAUCAACUGAUUUUUA